UAGCAUUCGUUAAUACACUGAUAGGUUGGAUAUGCUUUUCUUUAUGUAGGCCUAUCCGUUGAUAUGCUUUACUUUAUGUAGGCCUAUCCGUUGAAUGUGACAAUAUCAUGGAAUAAGGCAUUCUAUUUGGAUUGGAUAAUUUCUUGCAAGGUAAACUUAAAAGGAAAAUGGAUUUGGCGCUGGACGAUACUACGAAAACUUACAGACCUGGACCAGAGAGAGCGCAGACAUUAGCUAUUUCGCGCGAGAGUAUUGAGCAGGCAGACGACUAUGGGGAUAUUUUUGAAAUUGCUGACACAAUGGGCAUAGAUUUAGUCGGUCUUGACGAAAUAGAAGAUAUGAAAACAAGGCUGCUACUUUUCUACAACAAAUGUGAAGGUGAACCGAAUUACAAAGACGUGGUUGGAAAUUCAAUGGUAUCUAUGAGGACAGAAAAUAGAAAGAAAAGGGAGAAACUGUUAAAACUUCUGACGGACACCAGAGACAGACUAGGCCCAGUUCCCGCAGAACAUUCUAAGGACGGGCUAUCGAGGCGUGGAAGUGCUGUUAUCAAAGGCUUCCUUAAAUCAGAAGGAACCAUACAAAACUUGGAUCUAGAUAUCAACAAUAAAAUAGAAGCUUUAAAGCGUGACGACUGUACUAUUGUAGUUUCUGGUGAAACAUCCGCCGGAAAAUCCAGUAUUUUGAAUUUGUUGUUUGGCGAAGAAGUUGUUCCGACAUUUUUUGGAAGCUGUACAUCUGUAAUUACCCGAAUUUGCUAUUACAAACAAAGACGAGCCAAAAUAAUAUAUACGAAUGGAAAAGUUGAGAAAAUCAGAAACAUCCCACCCGGCGAAAUAUGCACAAAGCUGAAGCCAUUUUUAUUUAUUACCGAUGAUUCUGAACGGGACAAGGCAACCUCAAUAAGAGAAGUUAAAAUUUAUGUACCAGCUAAAAUUUUAGAGUGUGGACUUGUUGUUGUUGACUCACCAGGAAUAGGAGAAAACGAUGAAAUGGACAAAGUUAUCAUAAACUUUGUUAAUGAGAAUCAGAUAAAUGGGUUUCUGUAUGCCAUAAAAUCUGAUAAUGCUGGAGGAGUUGAUGAAGACAGGCUUAUAGGACUUUUAAAAGUAAUUUUGGAGAGAGAGAAGGAGAAGACAGAGAAAGGAAUGUUACCAUUUGAUUCUCAUUGUGCUCUUUUUGUUUGUAAUUUUUGGGACCUCAUCGCAGAAGAUCAAACUGAGACAGUGUUUAAUCAUGCAUAUAACAGAUUGAAAUCAAUAUGGCCGAAUAUGACAAUAACUCAACUGAUGAAGUUUUCAGCCUUCAAAGCAAAGAUGGAGUGCGACAUUGACCCAGACUUCAUCGUUGAUAAUUAUAAACAACUUCUGGACAAUAUCAGAAACGUAUACAAUAAGGCAAUGGACAUCCGUGUUAUUUCUACCUAUAAAUGGCUUGAAACUGUUUUGAAGAGAAGCGUUCACCAUUUGAAAACAAUAGUACAUAGAAUUGAUAAUUCAGAAAAAGACUUAGAAUCAAAGAUGAGAAGUGUUUGGGAUAAACUUAACACUCUUAAAAUGAAAUCUGAACUUACUAUAAACGAUCUCAGAAAGCAAAUACAAGAGGAAACAGAUGAAAUUUGCCGCGAAUUUGGUACGUACUUACAGAUGCCAAAAACUCGAAUGGCAAUCACUUCUUGGAUUGAAAAUGAAUUGCCGGAUAUUGAAUCUUUCCAACACUUCGGGGAAUUAAAGGCAAACAUGGAAGAUUUAGCAGUUGGCAGGAUUUCAAGAGAACUAGAGAACUGGGAAGACGAACAAGGAAAAAUUAAACAAGUCAAAGAAAAUGUCGAGCGAUCCAUUCAAUUUAAAUUAAAUAUUCUGGAAGAUGAACUGCAAGUUAUUGAGGAUGACUUGCAGUCAGACGCAGGAAGCAUAACAUCUGAAGAUUCAAUCAGUCCGAAACAAAAGCAUGGCAGAAGAUACUCUAUUCCAAUCGGUGCUGUUCAAAUGCAAAUGCCAAAAAUAGCACUCCCAGUUAAACUUGUAAACAGAAUGUUUAAACCAUUUGGAAAAGCUGGAAAAAGGGUUAGCAAUAUUUUCUAUGGCAAACAUAAUGAAGGGAAACUGAAAGAGUAUCGUCGGGAUCCAAUAACUUGGGCAAAAAGGAGGUCAGAAAAGACGCUAGAUAAAUUCUUAAACGAUAAACAGGAGGAUCAUCUUCGAGCAGUGAUCAGUGAAUUUAUGCGAGAACCAAAAGACUUUCUGAGAGAUAUCGAGAGGAAAAUUCCCGCCAUGGUGGAAACAAACCAGAAAAACAUGGAUCACAUAUCCAUGUGCCGAAAGGAGGGUUCUUCGUCUCGUGAAGUGUAUGAACGAAUGAUGGAAAACUUAGAGCAUCUAAAGCGAACGGUAACGGACUAUGGUGAAGGUUACAUUUUUGUGAAUGACUUUGGUGUUGAUGACAUUCAAAUAAUUACUAAAACACCUAGUGAAGGACGAUCAUCAGUGCCGUUUGAUGUUUCCCAAAUGCUUGAAAGUAUUGCAUCUUCUACUGCUACAUGGAACCAGAAAGUUAUUCCUAGAAGUCUAUGGUCUGCUCAACAGAAUGGUAUUCUUAUAGCGAACAACAAAGAAGAACCAGUUACUAUAAGGAUCUACCUAAAAAAUGCAAGAAUAGAAAACACAGAUUCAGAAGUGGCUAAAUUGAGGCUUUUAAAAAAUGAAAAUGUCGCAGAAUUGUUAGGUAUCCAGAAUUCAGAUCAUCCAACACCAGCUUUUGUGUUUCUCGGGAAUCUCCAGCCACUAUGUCGGUUUAUCAAAAGCAGAUUUAUAAAUUUUAAGGAAGAUAUACCAAGAAUAUUACAUGAAAUUCUAUACGGCCUUGAAUACAUACACAGGAAGAAAAUGGUACACAUGGAACUGAAUCAGAAUACAAUUGUGAUCGACGACAAUCAUGUUGUUAAACUCUGUGGAGCAUGCCAGCCGAAGGUCGCUCCAUUACCAGAAGAUAAGGGUAGAGUGCUUGCGGGAGACUUCGUUUACCUCAGCCCAGAAGUUCUAAAUGGAGAUCUCUAUGUUGCAUGUGCGGACAUUUAUGCUUUUGGUCUCUUAGUAUUUGAGAUUUUAGUGGGACCAGCUUUUAAAGACCAACGUCAGCAACUUCUUUCGGAAUUCAUCGAUAACUGCAAGCCAUGUGCAUUAAAUGGCUGUCCUUAUACACUAGAAAGUUUAUCUCAAAGCACAAAGGAUAUAAUACAAGAUUGUCUUGAUGAUUUCUUAGAGCGUAGGCCUUCUAUUGAAAAUCUCAAUCACUCUGUUUCUAACAUUAGAAAUGAGCCUGUGUUAGUUCGAUUGCAAGAAAUGAAAAAAACUAAUCUUACGGAAAGAAGGAAAUUGUCGUUAGAAAAUAUCGCAUGUUAUGAGAGACUACGCAAGUCGCAAUAUCGUGAAGAAGAGAAAAUUAUUACAGAGAAGCAACCUGGUGUCCUUAGAUCGUCCCAAGAUAUCCAACAUCAGAUAACAAAAGAAGUUGGAUAUAACAACGAAACUUCUACAAGACAAAACAUGGACAAAACAGUGUCAUUCUCAAGGUCGUCAUCAAAUCAGCGAGGAACGAAAGAUCUCUUUGACACUAAAUCAUCCGUAAAUAAAACACAUGCUUCAGCAAGAAAAAGAGCUCCUCUAUCAAAGCAAAUGCGACAGUUAUCGUCUGAAACAGAGCGCUAUGCGGAGGAACAAAAUGAUUCCAUAUCCGAACAAAGUAAUCGGUCAAACACAACACGACCAUCCCAAGUAAGCAUUCUGAGGGCCUCAUCUGAGACAACUCAGCCGACAGGAGAAUCACCGAGAGUAGCAAGAAAAACAAAAUCAUUAGAAGAAAGAGAGGAAAGUGGUUCUACUGGGUCACAAUCUCCCAGCCGAUUAAGACAAUCAUAAAGUAAUACCCUUUGUGUAUGAUAUCGAACUCAUCGCAGACAAUUAUAGAGUGUUAUUUCUGAAGUUAUUUAUUACAAACAUACUGUUUUUGUCUAUCAUAGAAAUUCAUUUAUAUUAUCAUAGAAUGAACAUUAGUGAAUAGUUCAUUGUGUUAUCAAGUAUGAAUUCUUUUAGAUUUAUAAUAAUUGUAUAGUUCCAAUAGAAACUCACGACUGAGUGCGUCGGGAUAUUCUUUUUAUAGUGGUAUGGUGAAAAAAAUACUCUUAAAGUCAUAUGAAACUUCAAAUUUCAAAAAAAAAAAUAAUUUGUUUUAUAUACUUGAAUUGCUAAGUUUUACUAUAAAACAAGUGUACAUGGACUUUCUUGUUAAAGAAAAACCUUUCUAUUAUUAAAAUCAUCAUAAAUGUA